AAGAGCAAUUUAAAUCAAGUUUAACAUCCUAAAUAGGAGUGAUCUGUGCCCCUUCAAAUUAUGUGUUUGUAUGUGAGGUAAAAUGGGCCACAAAUGUCUCUUGAGGAUGAGGUUGCUUUUUGGUCCCAUCUGUUGCCCCCUGUAACUACUACAAUGACACCAAAGAUUAGAUAAGUCUGAAUAUGGGUACUAGAAUCUAACAGCAAGGAAAGUUCCCUCCCCAGAGUUCUUGGGAUACUCAGAUAUUUCCUUAAAUCAACUGAGGUUGGAGGCAAAGGAGGUAGAGACGUUGUCAGUAAGCAAGCCUUUUAAGUUCCAAACAGCUACCUGUUCAGGCUCAAUAAAUGAACUAGAUUUCUGCCCAAAGUUCCGUAUUUUCAUUGCUGAUGCCAUUUGAGCUUUGGGCACUCUGACUCAGCAGCCACCCCCAUACUCGCUUUCAGCUGGGGACCUUGGGCUUGCUCUCCCAUUGGCAUGAUAACAUUCCUUUCUCGUUCUUGCACUGGACCAAUGACCAAAUGUCAUGAAAUGAAGAGUAUGCUUAACUCAUGGCUCACCUUCAAGAGAAAAUCUAUGUGUACAUGCUCUGUAGUCAAAUUAUAUCAGAUUUAACGUUGCGUUACUGAUUGUAUUUUGCCCCCUUUUACUGAUUCUAACCUCAUUUGCACACAUUUUGAACACACCACUUUAUGACUAGGAAGAAAUCCCCUUUAAAAUAAGGUGAAAGUUAGAAUCUGAAUUCAACUUCUCCACAUCACAACCCCAUACAAGGAAUUUUAUACCUCCCCACAGCCUAGUGUUUCUCAUUUUAACACUAAAAUAUCUACUCUCCUCUGCAUGAGUACAUUGGAACGGAGGUCUAGGGAUGUUCCUAUCCUGCCUCCACUUCCUCACACUUGCUGCAGCUCAGGGCGCAGUACCUAAUAUUUCCUUUGCCUUACACCUGUCACAUUUAGGAGGGGCAGCGGAGCGUGGGCGUCGGACUGUCAACUUCGCCUUAUGUUCUAACAGCAAUUGACCUUUCAAAGACUGCUGGGGGAAAACGCUCAAAGCCUCUUCCGGGAUUUUCCAAGGACCCCGCCUUAACGAAGUGCAAUUCCCAGUGGCUUGCAAGUUUCCAGCAGGGAGGAUAAAUCUGACCACCUAAGUCCAACUCUCUGACACUUCGGGAAAUGUCCAGGAGUUAGGAAACGCAUCGCCGUGGUCUCUCCAGCCUAGCUGGACUCGCCCCACAAAGAGCUCGGCACCAGCGGUUCCGGUGACCACGGGGAGCUCUCGGAGACCGCCGGGCCGCGCACCGUGUUAGGAUUGGAAGACGCGCCCGCCGUUCCCUCCCGACCCCAGGCGGCGGAGCUGCUGCGGGAGACUGCGCGUGCGCGCUGGGCGGACGGUUCCGGAGACGGCGUUCUUAGCCGCCUUCCGUCUCCGGCGACAGCAUGAAGACCGCGGAGGACGCCAGAGGAGCGCGCAGCGAGGGACCGCGGGAGAUAGGCCUCUGCCUUCUCUGCGGCCUCCCGGCAGCAGGAAAAUCGACCUUGGCGCGGGCCCUCAGCCACCGGCUACGGGAGGAGCGGGGCUGGGCCGUCGGCGUCGUCAACUAUGAUGACGUCAUGCCGGACGCGUUCCUGGAGGAGGCGAGCGCGCGGCCAUUGCCAUCCCAAUGGAAAUUGCUUCGACAGGAACUGUUGAAGUACCUAGAAUACUUCUUGAUGGCUGUCAUUAAUGGGUGUCAGAUGUCUGCCCCACCCAACAGGACUGCAGCCCUGUGGGAGGAUUUUAUAAGGUGCUUAAAGGAUCAAGAUCUGAUAUCUUCUGCUGCGCUGGAGACCCAGUCUUGCUACCUCUUAACGAAGAUUGCUGUUUCUAGACCUUUAUUUUUGAUCUUAGAUGACAACUUUUAUUAUCAAAGUAUGAGAUACGAAGUCUACCAACUGGCUCGGAAAUAUUCAUUAGGCUUUUGCCAGCUUUUUUUAGAUUGUCCUCUCGAGACCUGUUUGCAGAGGAAUGGCCAGAGAUGCCGGGCACUGCCUGCCGAGACCAUUCACCUGAUGGCAAGAAAGAUAGAGAAGCCCAACCCGGGGAAAAAUGCUUGGGAACACAACAGCCUCACAAUUCAGAGUACGCCGUGCUCUUCUGAGGCCAGCCUGAAGUUGACUGAUUUAUUGCUUACCGCUUUGGAAAAUCCAGUAAAAUAUAUCGAGGACAAUGUGGAACAAAAGGAAACAGACAGAAUUAUUUGUUCAACUAACGUUCUGCAUCAAGCUGACCAGACGCUCCGAAGGAUUGUCUCUCAGACGAUGAAGGAAGCAAAAGAUGAACAAGUGCUUCCUUGCAACUUGAAGCUUCUAGCAGAAGAACUCAACAAGCUCAAAGCAGAGUUUUUGGAGGACCUAAGGCAUGGAAACAAAAAAUACCUGUGCUCUCAACAAACCAUCCACAUAUCUGAUGUUAUUUCUUGUUUUCAUUAUGAGAAAGACAACAUUGUCCAGAAAUAUUUUUCAAAGCCACAUUAAAACUUCUGAACUUCCGAUCAA